AUGGUGUCUCUGAUGCAAGGCCCCCCUUCUUCUCCUGGCCCAGGGCUGCCCAUCAAUCCAGAUUUGCUGCUAAUGCAGAAGGGCAUGCUGAUGCGCAAGGUGAGGUCCAAAAGCUGGAAGAAACUGAGAUACUUCAGGCUUCAGGAUGAUGGCAUGACAGUCUGGCAUGCCCGGCAGGCAGGAGGCACUGCCAAGCCCACCUUCUCGAUCUCUGAUGUGGAGACGGUGCGCGAGGGCCACGAGUCCGAGCUGCUGCGGAGCCUGGCAGAGGAGCUCCCCCUGGAGCAGGGCUUCACCAUCGUCUUCCACGGCCGCCGCUCCAACCUGGACCUGGUGGCCAACAGCAUCGAGGAGGCCAAGAUAUGGAUGCAGGGGCUCCAGCUUUUGGUGGAAUUUGUUACCGGCAUGGACCAACAGGAGCGGCUGGAUCAAUGGCUGAGUGACUGGUUCCAGCGUGGAGACAGGAACCAGGACGGCAGGAUGAGUUUCCACGAGGUCCAGCGGUUACUGCACCUGAUGAAUGUGGAAAUGGACCAAGACUAUGCCUUCCAGCUCUUCCAAGCAGCAGACACAUCCGAGUCUGGGACUCUGGAGGGAGAAGAGUUUGUAGAGUUCUAUAAGGCGCUGACUAAACGUACUGAGGUGCACGAGCUGUUUGAAAACUUUUCGGCCGAUGGGCAGAAGCUGACCCUGCUGGAAUUUGUAGAUUUCCUCCAAGAGGAGCAGAAAGAAGGAGAGCGAGCUUCUGACCUUGCUCUGGACCUCAUCGACCGCUACGAGCCCUCAGAUAGUGGCAAAUUGCGACACGUGCUGAGCAUGGAUGGCUUCCUCAGCUAUCUCUGCUCGAAGGAUGGAGAUAUCUUCAACCCGACCUGCCUCCCCAUCUACCAGGAUAUGACUCAACCCCUGAACCACUACUACAUCAACUCCUCUCACAACACCUACCUCGUGGGGGACCAGCUUUGUGGCCAGAGCAGCGUCGAGGGAUAUAUACGGGCCCUGAAGAGGGGGUGCCGCUGCGUGGAGGUGGAUAUAUGGGAUGGACCUAGCGGGGAACCUAUCGUUUACCAUGGACACACCCUGACCUCCCGCAUCCCAUUCAAAGAUGUCGUGGCCACUGUAGCCCAGUACGCCUUCCAGACCUCAGACUAUCCAGUCAUCUUGUCCCUGGAGAACCACUGCAGCUGGGAGCAGCAGCAGGUCAUGGCCUGCCAUCUGACCGAGAUCUUGGGGGAGCAACUGCUGAGCACUACCUUGGAUGGGCUUCUGCCCACACAGCUGCCCUCACCUGAGGAGCUUCGGGGGAAGAUCUUGGUGAAGGGGAAGAAGUUAAGGACACUUGAGGAGGAUCUUGAGGAAGAGGAAGAGGAGGAAGAGCUAGAGUCUGAACUGGAGAGAGAGCAGGAAGCUGACCCGGAGCUAGAGGCCCAGCUGGAGUCUGAGCCCCAGGAGUUGAGCCCACGCAGUAAGGACAAAAAGAAGGAGAAGAGAUCCAAACCCAUCUUGUGUUCAUCCCUCUCUGCCCUGGUUGUCUACUUGAAGUCUGUCUCAUUCCACAGCUUCACUCAUUCAAGGGAACACUACCGCUUCUAUGAGACCUCAUCUUUCUCUGAAACCAAGGCCAGAAGCCUCAUCAAGGAGGCUGGCAAUGAGUUUGUGCAGCACAACGCCUGGCAGCUAAGCCGUGUGUAUCCCAGUGGCCUGAGGACAGAUUCGUCCAACUACAACCCCCAGGAACUCUGGAACGCAGGCUGCCAGAUGGUGGCCAUGAAUGUGCAGACCGCGGGGCUUGAGAUGGACAUCUAUGAUGGGCUCUUCCGCCAGAACGGUGCCUGCGGCUACGUGCUAAAGCCUGACUUCCUGCGUGAUGUCCAAAGCUCCUUCCACCCCGAGCGGCCCAUCAGCCCUUUCAAAGCCCAGACCCUCCUAAUCCAGGUGAUCAGCGGGCAGCAACUCCCCAAGGAUGACAUGAGUAAAGAGAGGUCCAUUGUGGAUCCACUGGUGAGAGUGGAGAUCUUUGGUGCCCGCCCUGACACAACCAGGCAAGAGACCAGCUACGUGGAGAACAAUGGUUUUAAUCCAUAUUGGGGGCAGACGCUAAGCUUCCGGGUCCUGGUGCCCGAACUGGCCCUGCUGCGUUUUGUGGUCAAGGAUUACAACCGGAAAUCCCGAAAUGAAUUUAUCGGGCAGUACACAGUGCCUUGGACCUGCAUGCAGCAAGGCUACCGCCACAUACACCUGCUCUCCAAGGACGGCAUCAGCCUCCAUCCAGCUUCCAUCUUCGUGCAUAUCAGCAUCCGGGAAGGGCUGGAGGGGGAUGAAUCCUAA